AUGGCCACCACAGGUUCAAAGUUGAAGGCAGCGAUCUUGGUAGUGUCUGAGACUGCUUCCGAAGACCCAUCAACCGAUAAAUGCAUACCAGUCCUCAAGAAGGUCUUCGGAGAUCUCGGAAAUGACCAAUGGGACGUUAGCGAAACCGAGAUAGUACCCGACAACGCUCUCGUCAUCCAGAAGAGUAUCAAAAGUUGGACUGAUGGUCCGGAACCAAUCAACUUGAUCGUCACUAGCGGAGGUACUGGUUUCGCAACUAAGGAUGUCACUCCAGAGUCUUUGAUAUUGACUCUGCCUGGAUCGCCGAAAGGUGCCAAAGAGAACCUAGAGGCAGUUCUGAAGUUACUACCACAUGCGUGCAUCCAAGCUGCCGGUGCAGAGUCGAGACCGCUACACGUCGGUGGUGUAGAGAAGCUCGAAAAGGACGCGGGUGUUUCUUCGGGUGGCGCUACUACAGGAACUGGAUGUGGGCAUCACCACCAUCACCAUCAUGGGCACUCGCAUGGUCACGGCGGCCACGCAGGCCCCAAAGCUCACACGAACCCAGAAGAGCGUCCCCAGUCUAAUGAUCCUUCCGCAGGACCAACUCGCAGAUAUCGAUCGUCGCCGUAUCCUAUGUUGGCAGUCGAAGAUGCUCUCAAGCUAAUAUCGGAGCAAACCCCAGCUGCUGCAGUACAGAAGGUGCCAGUAGACAUGAGACUUAGUGGUUCGGUCCUUGCCGAGGAUGUCAAAGCCACUGAGUCCGUCCCGGCCUUCCGAGCUAGCAUUGUCGACGGAUAUGCGAUCAAGAUCCCAGCGACUGGCAAGUUCGAAAAAGGAACUUACCCUGUUUCGAUCAUAUCUCAUGCACAACCUGGCGAAGUCAAGGAGUUGAAAGAAGGAGAGAUUGCCAGAAUCACGACUGGCGCCCCGCUUCCUCCUGGUGCUGAUGCCGUGGUCAUGGUUGAGGAUACAGUAUUGAAGAGCCUGACAGAGGAUGGCAAAGAAGAGAAGGAGAUCGAGAUACUGACUGAUGAGAUCAAGCCGAACGAAAACGUACGGGAAGUUGGCAGCGAUGUCAAAGAGGGCGAGAUCAUCCUAAAGAAAGGCGAAGGUGUCACAGUCGUGGGUGGCGAGUUUGGUCUCCUUGCGUCUGUGGGUACGACAGAGGUGUCUAUCUACAAGAAGCCUGUCGUUGGAGUCCUGAGCACAGGAGAUGAGAUCAUCCCACACAACAGAGAGGGCCCACUGCGACUCGGAGAAGUGCGCGAUACCAACCGUCCCACUCUCAUCACUGCCGCACGAAGCCAUAGGUUCGAAGUCAUCGAUUUGGGUAUUGUCUCAGACAAACCUGGUACCCUUGAGCAGAGUCUCCGUGACGCGAUGCGCAAGUGCGACGUUAUCAUCACCUCUGGUGGCGUCUCAAUGGGCGAGCUUGACUUGCUCAAACCAACCAUCGAGCGCUCUCUCGGCGGCACAAUCCAUUUCGGCCGUGUCAACAUGAAGCCUGGCAAGCCUACCACCUUCGCUACUGUGCCUGUAAAGGACAAUGAUGGAAACCAUGUCACCAAGUCAAUUUUCUCGCUUCCUGGCAAUCCAGCUUCAGCCGUCGUGUGUUUCCAUCUCUUCGUUCUGCCUGCAUUGCACCAGCAAGCUGGAAUUAAGCCACUCGGGCUACCAAGAAUCAGGGUUAUACUGGAUGAGGAUGUGAGGAUGGACAAGGGCCGUCCAGAGUAUCACCGUGCGCUUGUCGUGACAAAAGAGGAUGGGUUGUUAUACGCAAGCUCAACAGGUGGGCAGAGAAGUAGCCGAAUCGGCAGCUUCAGAGGUGCGAAUGCGCUGCUUUGUAUGCCACAAGGCGAAGGUAGCUUGAAGAAGGGGGAGAAGGUCGAGGCGCUACUCAUGGGAAAGUUGGGUGAAGUUGAGCGAUGA